AUGGCGCUGCUAGCACUACCGUCGCUCCCAUUUUCAGGCCGCCUUCACCUCCCAAAACCUGAACCAGCAAAAACUCUUUUUCCCACUAUUACACAUAAGCAUCAUGAAUCCGUAAUUUAUGGUAGAAAUAUUAGGUUACCACAUAAUUCACUAAAUUAUAGAAAAGUUGGGAAAGACACAACGAAAAUGGCAGUAAUGAACGGAUUACCAGAGAGUGAAACAUAUCGAAACUUUGGAAAGAUUUUUCUUUCUGAUGUGGUGGUGAAGAGAAGGAAUGUGUUAUGGGGCAGAAAGUGGAAUUUUUGGGAUGUGUUCCCCCUAGGUUGGGUGGUUUCUGCACAUUUGCUGCAUCUUUCUCACAGGAGUUUCAAGAUUCCUAAAUGGCUUGAGUAUUUUUUCGCAUAUUGUGGUGUUCUUGCCGCUCAGAGGGAUCCAAUUUUUUGGGUGAGCGCGCAUCGGUUCCAUCAUCAGUUUUGUGAUUCUGAGAAAGACCCGCAUAGCCCUAUUGGAGGAUUUUGGUUUAGUCACAUGAAUUGGGUCUUCGACACCAAAUCUAUUGUUGAAAAGUGUGGAGAUCCCAACAAUGUUGGAGAUCUAGAAAAGCAGCCCUUCUAUAAAUUUCUUCAAAGAACUGUUAUAAUCCAUCAAGUUGCACUUGGAGCACUAUUAUAUGCAUUGGGAGGACUUCCAUACUUGGUUUGGGGAAUGGCAUGGAAUACUGGUGAUUUAUCCAAAAAUAAUUGGUUGGUGGCUGUACUUACAUUUGGAGAGGGUUGGCAUAAUAACCACCAUGCCUUUGAAUAUUCUGCUAGACAUGGGCUAGAAUGGUGGCAAAUUGAUAUGACUUGGUACGUUAUAAGGUUCCUUGAAGCUAUUGGAUUGGCAACUGAUGUGAAGCUUCCAACAUCUGCCCAAAAGCAAAGGAUGGCUUUGAGCAUUGAGGGUUAG